CAGAGGCCGCCAUGCUGAGGCAAGCGCUGAGACAAGCAGCUCCGCGCUUCGGCGCGUCGCCGCUUGGCGCGCUGCGCAGUCUGCGCGUCUCUGCGCCGGCGCAACAGUCGGAGGUGACGCGCAGCACAACGCCGGGCGGCGGCUACGUCACCACGGUCGACCCGAGCAAGUUUGUCGACGGCGAGAGCCUCACCGCGCAUCAGGCGCGCGUGCGCCACGCCGACCCGGCGAACCGCACGUUCAACUAUGCGAUGAUCGGCGGCGCCAAGUUCAUCUCUGCCUCAGCCUGGCGCCUCUGCCUGAUCAAGUUCCUCGCCCAGAUGAACCCGGCGGCAGACGUGCUUGCGAUGGCGUCGCUGGAGGUUGACAUCUCCAAGCUGAGUAUGGGCGAGUGCAUCACGGUGAAGUGGCGGGGCAAGCCAGUCUUCAUUCGGUCGCGCACCGAGGAUGAGAUCGCCGAGGCCGCGGACGUGAACCUCGCCGAACUGCGCGACCCGGAGAAUGACCUCGACCGCGUGCAAAAGCCAGAGACCCUGAUUGUGCUUGGCGUGUGCACGCACCUCGGCUGCGUCCCGAUCAACAAGGCGGGCGACUACAACGGGUGGUUCUGCCCGUGCCACGGCUCGCACUACGACACCUCUGGUCGGAUCCGCAAGGGGCCGGCGCCGCUCAACAUGGAGGUGCCUCCCUACUCCUUCAUCGAGGAGGAGAAGCUCCUGAUUGGCUGAGGGGACGCACGCGUGCCGCGCGCGAUCUAGCCCGCGUCCCUAGUGCUCGAGUCUGCCCCUCCGCAGCGGAGCGCUAUUGUCGUCGAUCCCGCCCGCGAGCGGGCACUGCCACUGGCGCAGCACUCCACCUUGCCAGAUCACAGAGGGCAGCGGUCACAUCGUGACACGCGUCUAAGUCCGUCUAUACUGUCUUGGCUCUUAGUUACAGGCAGUCGUGCCCUACUAGUCGCUAAACCUUUCUUGCAAUCUCAGCGGAGACUUCGACCACUCUCU